GUGCGCAUUAAUAUCACAUAGCCAGCCUUUUCGGAAUUUUAGCUUCGCUUGGUCGAUCAAUUGAUCAAUCCACAGAACAUGGACACCAAUUUGAUACAUCAACUCCAUCAACCCCACGUGAUCUGUGACAGGAACUAGCGUGCCGUGAUACAUAAACAACAAAGACCCCACACAACACUCAACAUAGUAAAUGCCCCCCUAGAUCAAGAUCAAUUACUCCUUUUUUCUUCUUACUGCAAGUCCACCAGAGCAAGACCCGCCACUCACAGUAAAAAGCCCCCUAGUCACUUGCGCCAUGUCCGAUACUCACGCUUCCAAACGGUCGCGCACCGACCUCGACGGCAACGCUGUCACUCGCUCGGUCGAGCCCGAUGACCGGAACGCAAACAACGCAAACGCCAUUGCUUCACCCCACCAAAGUGCCGUCCGUUCCGACCCGCGGCCGCGCUCCUGCUCCCCGAUGCCGGAUCUAGCCGAGUACAUCCGCCAGACCAUCGACGAGGGCGGCCGCGUGAAGCCCAGGGUGCAUGCGCAGGUCAAGCGAGCACUCAGGGAGCUCGAUCGGCCGUACUCGUUCGACGGGUACAGCGAGCUGGUCGCCAAGAAACUCGAGAUUGCCCACCCCCGCUUGAACCGGUGGGACAGGGAAACGGUGUUCAUGGAGAUCUACGCUUAUCUCGAGGGCGUCAUGGAGGUGCUCGUCGCCAAGUGCGCUCUGCUGGCGGAUGACCAGAUGCGCUACGACGGUUUAUCCGGGCUUCUGCGCAUCGGCCGUAUGCUUGUGUCGGUGGACGAAAGGCCCGGCGACGUCCUGCAUGGUAUCACAAAGGCCGUUGCCGGUGUGCUUCGGCGCGCGAUGCUGAUUAUCCUGGCCGGUUUGUACGUCUUUCCCCUGGAGGAUCCCGAGUCGUCCUGGGAGAAGCUGUACGAGGAGGUCGAGGAUCUGGAUGAGGCGCUCGUCCGCAAGCUGCAUCGGAAUUACGGCCUGCACCGGGUACUGCAACAUCUCGAAAGGACUUUUACGUGGAUUAAGCAUCCGGAACUUAGCCCUUAGGUUGACGUCUAGGGACAGUUGGAGAGUUUCUUGGG